GACAGAGAGUACAGACACAGAGAGCUACUGCAUUAGAGGAGGAAAGAGGGACAGAGUGAGUAAACGGGUAAACAGACGGAGAGCGAAGGAAUUUCAAAUCCACUGAGCUGGGGAGAGGAAACUGUUCUGCAGGAUGGAGACAUGACAUGAGCAGGACUGAGAGGGGAGACAGGGGGGAGAGAUGAGUGACACAGCAGGGACACACAAAUAAUCACGGGGACUCAAAGACAUCCUUGGACGGUUGACAAAAAAGGAGAUUUGCGCUCUUCAAAACAUGACAUGAGUGUAACAGCAACAGUUCAGGUCAGUGGUUCCUGUUUCUGUCACGGGGGGGAGAAAAAGGGGAAACAAGGACAGGUAAUACAAAUGUAAAAAAGUGAUAGACGUAAAAGGGAAAGAGGAUUUGUUUCAGAUCAUACAUGCUUCUCUAUUGGGUCUUGCUGGAGAGGGAGGCAAAGACCAAAAAAGGUCUGGAGUCAGAGCUGGAGAAACUGCAGGCUUGACAGAUGCUGCAGAGCCAUGGGGAGAGGAGAGGGGAGACAGGCAGAGACAAACAGGAGGGAGACAAUAACGUAAGUGACAGUGAACUAUAAGAAACUUGGGGUGUGGUUAGGUGCGAUCCAGAAAGAGUUCCAGAGAGUCAGUGUGUGUGACAGCGGGGGGGUCAGGUGGCUCAGUCCCAAGAAGAAAGUGAGGGCUGGCUGUUACUGUAAGUGUGCUUCAGUGAUUCUAAACAGAGCAACUGUUAACCCUGAGGAAGAAGAGUUUUACUGUAAAUGCGACACCCCAUGGACACCAGGGUUUCAAAGAAAUUCUAAGCCAAACGGACCCCUCACCCACCGGGCACCAUGUCGACGGGCCCUGGCCUUGGUGCACUUGUCCCCGCCGAGGGGCUCCAGUCCACAGGGCCUGUUGGGCUCCAGACCCUGUUGGACCUGCUGGUGGGGGUCUACCAGGAGUUCUACUCCUCACACUUUGCAAGGGAUAAGUACGUCUCUGGCUUCCUGCAAUGGGCCGAGCCCCUGGUGAGGCAGGUGAGAAGGACUCGCAUCAAAAGGGAAGACUUUCAUAUCCUGAAGGUGAUUGGCCGAGGCACAUUCAGUGAGGUUGCUGUGGCAAGGAUGAGAAGCACACAGCAAGUGUAUGCUCUGAAGAUCAUGAAUAAGUGGGACAUGCUGAGGCGAGGAGAGACAGCGUGUUACCAGGAGGAGAGGGAGGUGUUACUCAGGGGCGACCGAUGCUGGAUCACAGAGCUGCACUAUGCCUUUCAGGAUGACAACUACCUGUACCUGGUGAUGGAUUACUAUGUAGGGGGGGACCUGCUGACUCUGCUCAGUAAGUUUGGAGACCGGAUCCACGAAGACAUGGCUCAGUUCUACUUGGCUGAGAUGAUCAUGGCAAUUGACUCCAUCCACAGACUGGGAUAUGUACACAGAGACAUCAAACCUGACAACAUCCUGCUGACAGCGGAUGGACACAUACGACUAGGGGACUUUGGUUCCUGUCUGAGGCUCCUCGAGGAUGGGAUGGUUCACUCGUCACUAGCAGUAGGGACCCCUGACUAUUUGUCUCCAGAGAUUUUAAGGGCCGUAGAGGGGGCUGGAGGUUAUGGUCCUGAAUGUGACUGGUGGGCUCUGGGUAUCUGUGCCUAUGAGAUGAUGCUGGGGACCACACCCUUCUUUGCAGAGUCCAUCUCGGAAACAUACGCAAAGAUCAUCAACUUCCAGGAGUAUUUCGAAUUCCCUUCUUCUGGCCCUGAGAUUUCAGACAAGGCUCGUUCCUUCAUCACUGGGCUCAUCUGUGAAAGGGAAGUCCGUCUGGGAAGGAAAGGCUUCAGUGACUUCAGGAGCAAUCCCUUCUUCUGUGGACUGGACUGGGCUUCCCUGCAUAAACUCCCAGCCCCCUUCCUGCCUGAAGUGUCUAAUCCAACGGACACCUCCAACUUCGACAUCCUGGAUGACUGUCUCAGUGAAAUGGAGACGCUGUCUGAUGUAAUGGACAGAGCUCCAAUUGGGGUGCACUUGGCUUUUGUUGGAUACUCUUACACCGCAACCUGUCAGACGGGUGCCAUCGACCGCAGUCUAGACAUCAUGAUGCAGAUUGACCACUCAAGUCUCAGGGACUGUGAGAGCCGUUACACACCGGAGAAACUGAGUCAGCAGUGGCAGCUCACAGACAAUCUGCCAGAUGAGCUGUCUGCAUUGCUGGAGCUUCCACUCACUUUAGAGCAAGAUCCAACUGCAUCCACCCACACCACCACUGAGGAAGAGGAGGAGGAGAAUGAGGAGGAGGAUGUGGAGGAGACCGACCAAAUAUCCGGACUCCAUGAAGACUUGCAGAGGCGGUUACAGGAGGCAGAGAGGAGAUAUUGUGAGCUGGAGAAAGAAAUGGAGAGGUUGAAGGGGGAGAUGCAGGACUGGAGAGCCCCCAAGGAGACAGCACUGAGUCUCUGCCCAGCAUCUCUUGCUCUGCCUGCCCACUGUGUGGAUGCACCAAGGGAUAGGGAGAGAGCGCCCCCUGCCUGCCGUUACCCGCUGGUGAUUCCUCUCCACCGACACCUGCUCCUGUUCCACAGGGUUCGCCUGCCACAGGUGACGAGUGAGUCCUACCUGCUGGUGUGUGCCAAAGGGGGGGAGCUCCAAGCAUGGCAGAGAACCUGUUACACUGAGCUCUCCUGAAUGCAUUUUCAAGGUGGCAUAUAAUGACUUCUCCUAAUAUAACAAGACAAAGGACUGAGGCCAUGCUUUGCCGGAAACAGGAAAAGCAGGACUGCAAGGGGAGCUGCGGAGGGUGUCGGUACUGUACACAACUUUUAAAAUUAAGUGUUCCAACUGAUAUGAGGAGGAAGGGGGCUCAGACUGCUGGGAGCUAAUGAGGAAGAAAUGAUGAUGACAUCUUCUGACCUACCUUGCCUGCUUACCAGAUGGACAGUCAUGAUAGAGAUGCACUGAGUUUUGAGCACAGUGAGAAAAACACUCACUUUAAUGUGUGACAAUGACAAUCAGGUUUCAGUGACACACAGAGGGUUAGAAUCUCUUUUGUAUCAUGUAUCUGCACCUUUGGGUGUUUUGGUCUUGUGUUGCACUCCUAUAGGCAUGUUUUUGCUGUGCCUGUAUUUAUAUUCAAGGGUUACUAAUAAUGACCCAGAUAUAUUUGUAUAUUAACUUGGGCCAUACCAUCAUAGGCUCUGAACGUGUAAAGGGUGUGCUGCAUAGAUACAGGCAAACAUUAUGGAGGAUUGAGAUUAAUCAUUUCACUAUUACAAUUUAUCUCUCUAUACAAUUGUCUAAGUGGCUAUUUCAAAGCCCUCCACACAUUGCCAGAAUUAUAAUUAUGAUUAUAGUUGAACGUGUUUGAAUUUGUUUGGUGUCAAUUUGUAAAAUUUGAGAAAUAACCAGAAUCAGGCUUAAAAGCCUAUGAUGUAUAAUUUGUGUUUUAUUGAAGAAUGUGAGCUUGUCCUCAGGUGGAUGUGAACCCCUACAUUUCCCUUGUUCUCUCUACAUCCCCAACCUUUACAGUGACAGUGACCUUCAAUUCUGCCAUUAAAACAUUUAAAAGUUGUAUUGAAAACAAAACAUGAACUCAAAUUUGAAACAUUGAUGUUCUUACACUUGCAUUCAAAAAGGUUGUAUUUACACUGAAAAAUGAAUGGCACUGAAACAAUUAAAUACUGUCUUUAAACAUUA